CAAAACUCCAUUAUUGCCACUGGUUUCAACCCCGCGUUAUACCUCACCUACUUUUACUCCACAAAAAGCUAUCCAAUUCUAUAGAUUUCUUCGAAAUACCUUCACCACAUUUUCAAGUUUAUUCAUCUCCUUUCACUAGCUUCUUUAAGCCAGUACUGGUAGGGUUUUUAGGUGGAGCUUGUGUUGGGAAUCAUACUUAUAUAUUGGUUAUUUGUUGGAAAGGGUGAAAAGAUGAGUAUGUACGGGAGAGAUCCUUGGGGAGGGCCGCUAGAGAUCAAUGCGGCGGACUCUGCCACCGAUGACGACCGGAGUAGGAAUUUACAGGACUAUGACAGGGCGGCGCUGUCACGGCCGUUGGAUGAGACUCAGCAAAGCUGGCUGCUGGGCCCUGGGGAGCAGAAGAAGAAGAAAUAUGUAGAUCUGGGGUGUAUUAUUGUGAGCAGGAAAAUUUUUGUUUGGACUGUGGGUACAAUCUUGGCUGCGGGACUCUUGGCUGGAUUCAUUACUUUGAUCGUCAAGACUGUGCCCAGGCACCACCACCACCCGCCACCCCCGGAUAAUUACACGGUGGCACUUCGCAAGGCGCUCAUGUUCUUCAAUGCCCAGCGCUCUGGAAAGCUUCCAAAGCACAACAAUGUUUCGUGGAGGGGAAACUCUUGUUUAAAUGAUGGGAAGUCUGAUAGUGCAACUAUAUUUAAGGACCUGGUUGGUGGCUAUUAUGAUGCUGGAGAUGCAAUCAAGUUCAACUUCCCCCAAUCUUUUGCCAUGACUAUGUUGAGUUGGAGCGUGAUAGAAUACAGUGCAAAGUAUGAAGCUGCUGGGGAGCUUAGCCAUGUUAAAGAUAUUAUCAAGUGGGGGACGGAUUACUUCCUCAAGUCUUUCAACUCCACUGCUGAUUCCAUAGAUCAGCUAGUGAUGCAGGUUGGAAAGGGUGGUACUCCGGAUGAUUCAGAUCCGAAUGAUCACUACUGUUGGAUGCGUCCAGAAGAUAUUGAUUAUGAUAGGCCAGUUGCUAUAUGUCAUUCUUGCUCGGAUCUUGCUGCAGAGAUGGCGGCUGCUUUGGCUUCAGCAUCCAUUGUUUUCAAGGAUAACAAGGCCUACUCACAAAAGCUCGUCCAUGGCGCCAAAACCCUCUUUAAAUUCUCCAGGGAUCAGCGUGGUAGAUACAGUGCCGGAAGUAAUGAAGCUUCAGUUUUCUACAACUCCACCAGCUACUGGGAUGAGUUUGUGUGGGGUGCAUCUUGGCUAUACUAUGCUACGGGAAAUUCUUCCUACCUUCAGCUGGCUACAACUCCUGGUAUUGCCAAGCACGCUGGUGCAUUUUGGGGAGGCCCGUAUUAUGGUGUAUUAAGUUGGGACAAUAAACUUGCUGGAGCUCAAGUAAGUUUCACAAAAAAUAAAAUAAAUAAAUAA